AUGUCUCAAAAAAUUCCAUUAAUGGAGAAUAAAAUGAAAUGGGAUAGAUCGAAGAAAAAGAAGUUCCCUGAUAUUGAAAUUGAAAUGAGUAAUACACACUAUAACGGUAACGAUGAAAAAAUUUCGAGAAAUGAAACGUCCAUACAAAUGAUUCCAUUGUGGUCUAAUAAACAGAACAUUGAUAUACCGCUUCCAAAUGUUGGAGUUAAGGAACAAAGUUUCAUUAUACAAAACGGAGAUUCUGGAAUCGAAUCUGUACAGGCAAGUCCAGCUCAAAAGGCGAAUAAACCCGGCAGUUCAUCCAUAAUUGAUAUGUACGACGUUCCGGGACCAUCGACAUCAAGACGAUUUAGUUCCGUAUAUCUGCAUCCCGAUCGUGCACGUUUAAAUUAUCCCAGUCCAAUUGCUUCUUGUUCUCGAGAUCACAAUGCUAUUGAGGUCGACGACUUUGGAAUCGUGGACGGUGGCGGCAACCUGUCGGCUGCUUCGUCAGACGCAUCAUCGUUGAGCGUGCCAGGAUCUGGGGGACCCGGCGGCCACCGUCACAGCAUCCCGUGGGGCCGGCGACGAAGUUCCACGUGGACUGGCCGGUACUCGGACGCGAUGGAUCCAGAAUUUGCGGACUUGCAGCGAAUGACCACCAGAGGCAGUGUGGGCAUGCACAGCCUGUCGGACUCUCUGCACAAGCUGACGUUCACCCAAAGCCUGGCGUUCCCGGAACUUGCGCGGAAGCUGGCCAGCAGGCGGCGACAGGAACAGUUGCGGGCCGCCAUCAAUGAAAACAGCCAGGACGACUUCGAGGCAUGUUCCAAGUUCGUCGCCGUGGCCGGAGGGUUCCUGCUCAGCUUGAUGGUGUACUGCGUGGUGAAUAAGUACGGAAAAGUAUAAGGGUGGUCGCCCCGUGGUAACAACCCGGGGCUUAGCGCGGUCUUCGGAAAUCAGACCGCAACCACUGCUGCAGAAAUAAACGCUACCGAGGCCACGGCUGUGUCCGCCAUCGCUUCGGUGACACGAAAAUAUGCGAGUGGGCCGGUUCUAGGACCGGUUCCAGGUCCAGUUCCCGGUCCGGUCCCAGGUCCGGUUCCCGGUCCGGUCACAGGUCUGGUUCCCGGUCCGGUCCCAGGUCCGGUUCCGAACCAGGUUGCAAGGCCCGUUCAAAGGCCGAUUCCCGAUCCGGUUCCAAGUCCAGUUCCGAAGCCGGUUCCAAGGCCGAUUCCAGGGCCGUUUCCUGCAGGGUCGGCUGCCGGUGCCAAAGAUGGUGGUGAGGGCAGUGGACGGCGRACCGUCCGCUCGUUGUGGGAUUACAUUAUCACGAUAGACGCCAUCAACAGCAAGGUCACUAACGGCGACUACAGAGGCGUCCAGAGUGGCAUUCCCGACAACGAUCCUGGAGGAAGCGGCCAUGGCGGCGGCGGUCCAGACAACAACCUGCACUGAAGAAGCGACAAAAGCAGCGGUCCGGACGAUAACAGGUAGACCGUUCGGUAGUAUAAAUGUGCGCGCCAAGUCAUUGACGCRCACGCGCGCUCAUUAUCGCACCGCUACACGCAAUGUACAUUGUACACACACACACGAAUAUUAUAGUAAUAUAGUUACAGCCUUGGACGACUGAAAUUCGAUAAAACUAUAUAAGCAAACACAUUUGAAAUUCCUUUCGCUUAUAAUAAUAAUAAUAUUUUUGUAUAAUAAUGACACGAUGUAACCGUGAUUUUAUUUCUAAUUCCAAUCCCUCCCCUCCUCCUCCAACACGAUAUGAUUUCAAAUUAGUCCAGCUUGAAAAUGCGAAUUCGCAGUAUGUUGCGUACCUACUACAUUAUAUGAGUUGAAAAUCGCCCACCACUUACCCACAAGCUUGAGUUUAUGAUAAUACGUGCAGACCGAAAUAAAAUAUUAAAUGAAUWAAUAUAGGGGGAUUGCAGCAGUAGAAGUACGGACUGUGAUUUAAAUCGAUUGUUCUCGUUUGCACUACAAUACUGCAGCAUACCUACAACAGAAACGAUGAAAAUUUUAAAACUUGGCAGAAAAUGCAAUUAAUGGUGGCUUAUAUUAUAUCGAAUUGUAAAAUUAGUCGAAUUGGGUUUACAUAAAUUUAUAAACAUCGCGAUGUGUGUGUGUGUGUGUGUCUAUGUGUGUGCAAACGCGCAUAUGUGUAAAUUAUUAUUAGAGGUAGAUUUGGUUUCUUAUACAGUAGCUAGUAUAACAUGAUUUACGUUAAUCMACCAACUUAAUUCGCCUAAUAAUUCCAAGUUUAUAUUUGUAUAACGAUAAAUUUCAUUAUUAAUAAGAUAAUAAUUUAGCUAUUAGAAACAAAUUAGGUAAGUAAAAAAUGAGAAGUCAGUUUUUUUUUUCAAAAAUAAAUACUCAAAUGUAAUUCUGCAGAUCGAAGCUAUAAUUCUGUCCAAAAAUGUUUAUUGUACCUAUAUUAUAAGGUCUCAGGUCCUUGACGACGCUUUUUUUACCGAUUUUAUCGCAGUUACUAUAGCUUUUAUUAGAAUCAAGUGAUUUUUUACACUAUGGUGCAGACAAUGUAGUAUAGAGUACCUAUAUAUAACCACAAAGAUAUUUUAAAUAUAAUACCCGUUCAAAGAUCAAACUGUGUUCACUUUCCAAUUUAUAGAGGUAUGUCGCCAUGUCGGAUAAAGUUGACGAGUUUUUUUUUACCGCCCCCAAAGAAUAAACCACACAAAAUUACAAACACCAUCGUUGUGAAACUAAUAAAAAUUACAGAUAACCGAUGACAAUUCCCUACGCUCAAUAUCCUGCAGUAAAAUCAAAUAAUAUAAUAGCAUACCUACCUACGUCAGUCGUUACGGAGAAACUAUAUUAAUCAUUUGGACCAAAAAUAUACGUUCCUGGUAUGAAAAUACACAACUAAAUCAGAAACUCAUUUAUUUUUAAUUCGAAAAUAUUUCMCGCUAACCGAAUAUGUUUGUGAAAAAAGAGUUAUCCRCAGAAAGUUCAAAAUGGUUAAUGCAUUUCGAGAGUGUCAGUUAUCAUUAUUGGCAUUGUACCUAUAGCAUGAAAUAUAAAAUGUAACAUUAAACGGGCACCUAAUUGGUUAGAAGGAAAACUGUAAAGUAUCAGAUGAGGCCCCAGCAAUACUCAGUGAAAAAAGAGCUUGAACCGUCUUUUAAGUGACUUCAAAAUUCAAAUAAAUGUGUUAUAUUUUAACAUAAUGUUAUAACUUAUAUUUUAUAUUUUUUAACGACUGCCGCAGUGCGCAACACACUCUUUAUAUUAUAUAAUAAAUUGUAGUUUAAUAUUAUCCAAUAUAAUUAUUCUUGGAAUUGAAAACGUACAACUAAAAUAUAGUUCUAUUGAUACUUAUUUGUAUGGCGUUUAUAAUUGCUUCAAAUUUAUUUGUGUAGGUAAUAUAUUAUACUUUCAGGCGAAUAUAUGUAUUGAAAACCACCUGUAAAUCAUGUUAUAACACAC